AUGAAGUGCAUGCUGUUCGUGGUUCUAGCUGCAAAUCAAUUAAUAACUUCAUAUGUGUGGUCUUGGCCUGGAAUGUCAAAACAAUUUUGUGAAAACGUGCCGAACAAUACACUUCCGAUGUGCCAACGCAAGCUCAUCCGAUACUUUUUCAACGAAACAAUAAAAAGGUGUCAAGAAUUCAUAAUUACUAACUGCUUCGAAAGCGGUGACUAUUUCUUUCCUUCAAUGGGAUACUGUAUCCAGCAUUGCCGGCCAAACCAAACACGCGGUAAGUGCUGGCAUAAACCAAAUCGCGGAUCUGGAAGCAAAAAUUUGACACGAUGGUAUUAUGAUGAUGAGGAAAACCAGUGUUAUUUGUUUUUUUAUCGCGGAGAAAAUGGAAACGGAAAUAAUUUUCAACACAGAGAGAAGUGUAUUGACACAUGUAGAUACCCAACAAUGUAUUUCCAGCAAAAGAAGAAAGAAAUUAAAGAUUUAAUAAAAGCUUACAAAAAACGAAAGGAGGAAGAGAACAAAAAAAAGAAAGCCCAGAACGCAACCCUAGUAGCCGAGUCGAUCAUUAAUGAUGAAACCAUAAAACUAAGCACCACCUAG